UUCACGGAAGAAUGGUUCCUUCUGGGAAAAAGCCGUGUUGGAAUCCAAAUACGUAGACCUGUUUGAUUAUCAUCUUUAUGGCGAGAAUGAUCUGAAUUCCUAUGCUGCUCUGCACAAAGAAGUACGCGCUCACGGGAAAACCCUAAUCAUUGGUGAACACGGAUUUUAUGCGAACACAGCCGCCUAUAAUGAAGUAUACAAAAAGUUUGAUUGUGCCGGCGCACUGAUUUGGUCCUUGAGGGGGCAUUCCGACAAGAGCGGCUUUGAUACCCAUGAAGAGGGGAACAACAUCUUUAGCUACCAUGCCCCCGGUUGGCAGAUUCAAACCUCAAAGGCCUUCGACACUCAAGAAAGCAGUGUGAUCUCCGCAACCUAUAAUGCCAGCUAUGCCAUCCUGGGACUUGAACCACCACCUAAACCGGUUCCAGGGACGCCACACCCUUUUUUCGUUACCAACGGCACACAUCCAGGUCUUUCAUGGAGAGGAGCUAGCUGGGCGGAUCGGUACGAGAUACUAGGGACACAUCUACAGGGCUUAUCCUUCAACGUUCUUUCGGAUCAAGUGCAGGAUAACGUGGGUUCCGGCGAAGUGUUUGUCCCACUGGAUCCCCACGAACCUACGAAGCUUCUGAAGGUCCAGCCGGGCAAGCCGAAACCGCACGAGUCUCAUGGAGGGUGGGUGGAUAGGAAGUGGUGUGUCCCGGGCUCGGCGUGCUGGAAAGCCAUUCACUUGUUCGACAAAGCCAAGAACGACUCCAUCGCCGAUUUCUCGACCUCCGGCAGAUCCAAAAAACUAUCCAAGUUCCACAUCAAUCCUCUCGCACAGUCAUCCGCCAAGCCGAGCUACCAACUCCUCCCUUCAAUGUUCCCCACUAGCUCUCCAACCCGCAAACGCGCCUUCGAAGGCGCCUGGUAUUCCGUCCGUGCAAUCAACUCCGAUGGCGUGCCGGGAAAACCCUCUAGAGCCGUUUUCCUCAAGUCCAACUGGUUCAACUGGCAUUCCAAUAAAUGAUACAAACAGUCACUCGGGAAAGACUUUCUCUCAAGCUUCCUUGUCAUUGGAAAUUUCAACUGCAUACACAAUGCGAAACUGCAAUUUUUCUCUAAUAACAAGGCUACAGGUUUUAGAAGCCUUCCUCGAUCAUUUUGCUUAAUCUCAUUCUGUCUAAACUUUCUGAAUAUCUACACCUAUAGUCU